AUGGCUGAUCGCGGCGGUGCUCGUGGCGGUGGUUUCGCUUCUCGGGGCGGUGCCCGCGGUGGUGAUCGUGGUGGUCGUGGCCGUGGCCGUGGCCGUGGUCGCCGUGGCGGCAAGAGCGAGGAGAAGGAGUGGCAGCCCGUCACCAAGCUGGGCCGUCUCGUCAAGGCCGGCAAGAUCAACAGCAUGGAGGAGAUUUACCUGCACUCCCUGCCCAUCAAGGAGUACCAGAUUGUCGACCAGUUCCUGCCUAAGCUCAAGGACGAGGUCAUGAAGAUCAAGCCCGUCCAGAAGCAGACCCGUGCCGGUCAGCGCACCCGAUUCAAGGCCAUUGUCAUCAUCGGUGACUCUGAGGGCCACGUCGGUCUCGGAAUCAAGACCUCCAAGGAAGUCGCCACUGCCAUCCGUGCCGCCAUCAUCAUCGCCAAGCUGAGCGUCAUCCCCGUCCGAAGAGGCUACUGGGGCUCCAACCUCGGUCUCCCUCACUCCCUGCCCUGCAAGGAGUCUGGCAAGUGCGGUUCCGUCACCGUCCGACUGAUCCCUGCCCCCCGUGGUACCGGCAUUGUCGCCUCCCCCGCCGUCAAGCGAUUCCUCCAGCUCGCCGGUGUCGAGGACGCCUACUCCUCAUCCGCCGGUUCCACCAAGACCCUCGAGAACACCCUCAAGGCCACCUUCUCCGCCGUGUCCAACACCUACGGCUUCCUGACCCCCAACCUGUGGAAGGAGACGAAGCUGAUCCGAAGCCCUCUGGAGGAGUUCUCCGAUACCCUGCGCGAAGGCAAGCGAUACUAA